CUCGCGUCUUCUUGUUCCCCGAGCUUCCAUCGCCCGCGCCCUGGCAUCCGCCUGCUCCUCUCGGCCGACCGGCCCUGCUCCACUGCGCCAAGCUCCUCCCUCACCCUGGUCCCGGUCCUCAGCGUGCCUGCUCCCUGGAGCUCGCCCAUGCCGCGCGCUCCUCCGUGCCGGCGUUCUCUACUCGACCAUGGCGUGGACAGCCGCCGAGCCCCCUCCGCCCGUCUUCCCUCUGUUCAGAGCGCCGUCACCUGGAGUCCCUACGCGCUCCAUCUCUGCCUGGCCAUGGAGCUCGCCCCUGGCUCGGAUUCCAGCGCCCCGCUCCCUGUUUGCCCCAGCUCGCCUGGCCGCUGCGCAGCCCCCUCGGCUUCUCCUCCCUCAGCUCGUCUCUCCUGCCCGUGCGCGUCCUUCCCAUGGCUGUCUGUUCGAGCUCCUCCCUGCGUCGCGCGCGAGCUCGGCGCCCAACUCUCCUGCGCACUGGUCGCCCCUCCCUCUGUUCGCUUGCGCGCAGUCAUGCCCCUGCUUCAGCUCUGGAGCAUCCCCACGCGCGCGUUCUGUUCCUCCUGCGCGUGAGCUCAGCGCCCCUUCCGGCCUCCUGUUCGCCAUCAGCGCAGUAGUUUCUCUUCAAGUGCAGCGCCGGUUGUCCUCGUGCUCAGCUCCAAGCUCGCCCAGCUUUGGUGGUCGUCGCCUCCACCUCGACCUGAGCACCGCCACGGAGUUCGCCCCUUCCAGACUUCCAGUUACCUUGUCGCACCUGCGUUCUUGCCCCUGCCCAUAGCACAGCAGUGGCGAUGUGCUUCAUCCAGCUCUUCCCUAGUCGUCGAGCUCCGAGCACAACCCGAGCACCACCCUUGUCCGCGUGAGCUCGACUGGAUCCCCACCUUCGCGACCUCGCCAUCGAUUUAGCUGCUGCCCAUGUCAUGCUCCCUGCGCAGCAUCUUCCUUAGCCAUGGCGAGUCCCUCGCUGCCACGAUUGUCCAGUGGUUGGCCCACGCCGUCCCUACUCCUCUCAGUCUGCUGCUACUUGUGUUUGUGUCCGAGCCCGCCCGGCUGCAACCUCGCUUUGCUCUGUUUGUGUCUGAUCCCGCCCGGCUGCAACCUUGCUUUGCUCUCCGUGUCGCUGCUCUCCGAAUCCAGCCUCAUGUUGACGCGUCCAUAUUUCAGCUUGUCGUGCCGCGUCGUCAUCGCUUCCUAUCACGAGCUCGAUCUCCGUUGUCAUCGGGCUUCACACGUUCUCGCGUUUGUCGUCGAGCUGUUGAACCCGUCCUCCCUUGCUCGUGACUUCAUCGUCGCCUGAGCUCGCGCUAACCUGCUCAACCCCACCUCGCUAGCUCGCUCUAGACUCGAUCUCGUCGUCGUUCCGUGUGUCGUCCAGAAAUCCUAAGCGUUGGGUGAAGACGAAGCUAGCCGCGUGAUAUUUACCAAGUGCUCGACAAAAGACCUGAGCGAGAAUCAGCAACGUUUGCUUGGAAUUUUAAUUAAAUCGGUAACCAUUCUCUAGUUCGCUAUUUCUUUAAUUGAUUGAGUCGAUGGAUGAAAUAAAUUAAUGUGCUAUUGUGAUGCUC